AAAUGAGCGUUGACAGUUUCUUUUGUAGCUACGAAAACCAACACGUAACAUAAUACGAAUAAAGGUUAAACUAGUAUAUACAUUUAACCAAUGACUGUUUAUUCUAGGCACCCGUUUUAUUAUCGAAGCGCAUUUGUCUCAUGUGAGCCACCGUACGUUCACGAGCCGUCUGCUUUACGCACGUUCACAUGCGCUUUAUCAAUGAUUUUGAAGCGGAAUAUAAAACUUGUAUUAAAUUAUUAUUUGUGUCGUUGAAGGAUACACACACUGAAGUGUCUGGUGUUAAUGUCUGUGACGCUGCUGUUCCAUCAUGAGACAAAGAGACGUCUUUACGCCCACAUACAACGCAUCCUCAUCUUCAGAGCUCAGCAUCUCCCGUCAAGCAGAGGAGAUGCAGAACCAAAGAGAGAGGAAGAAAAAGAAAAGCCUUCGAGCACACUGGUGUACAAUCCCUCCGCUUACUACCGGGUCAGAACAGGCCAAUCUUCUGCGCCGGGUGGUUUCAAUGCAGAGGAGGAACCAUACUCCAAUCUGCCCUUCAAGCCGGCAUACAGACAGCAAAGUAACCCGCACAGCAUUAGCUGCUCCCGACAGCUCUCCAGUGCUAAGAACACGCUGUUAAACCUGGCCUUCAGUAAAGCUGCAUCUGACACAGGACCCCCGUCUACCCCACACAUCCCCAAAGAUCCAGACGUCAAAGGUGAGCCACGCGCCUUUCAGAGAUGUCGACCAGAAUACCGCAGUAUGACGCAUGACCCCUCUCAGCAUUCCUCUGCCAUCGACCUCAAUGAGGCCUUGUUACUUCUUCAUAAAGUCAGUGUUCUCAAAGGCAGCAUGGGACCUUCAGACGUCGCUCUUUUCUUGAGUAAACUCGGCCAGUUGCCCAGAGAACGGACGGCAGUGGUUCGAGGUGACACGCGAUUCAACAUGUUGCUGCGUUAUAGCGUGGAAUCCCUUCAGUCCUUCACGCUUCCGCAGUUGCUGGACGUGUUGAGGGCCUUCGUGAAUUUGGGAUUGCCUCAUUCCCACAGUCUGUUAGGAUUGUUGGAAACAGAGUUUUGCCGGCGAGCAAGUGAGAUGGAGCUACACCAGUCGCUGCUCGCCGCCGACUUGUGGCGCUGCCUCGGUCGAUCCGUUCCUCAAUAUCUGGAGAGACUCAUCGAAAACAUCAGCCGAUACUUCGACCAGAUGAGCUCGCCAGAGCUAGUUCAACUUUUAUACAUUGUGGGAGAAGGCAGGAGAUGUCCGGAGACUCUCAUUCAACCAGUUGAAUCGUUACUUCUGCGUCACUUAAACCAACUGAAAGGUGAAGAAUUGGGUGCUAUUUGCUUAGGCCUCUUCAAAUCACAGAUCCGCCUCUCCGAGAGAGCGGCGCGCAGACUUGUGGACCGUACGCAUUCUGUAGUGAAGGACAUGAGCGAUUUCGCAAUAGUGAAUGUGAUGAAACUGAUGCGAUUUAGUUAUCUGGACCAUCUUCCAUGGUUGGAAGCCAUGGGACGUGAGAUACCCGUACGUGCCCCAAAGAUGGGCGUUCAAGGCCUCAUGCACCUCGUCUUGGCUUGCUCCGCUCUGCAUUACAGAGAUGAUCGAAUCCUCCUGGCCGUAGCUGAACGGCUGCCGGAUGUCAUCACGCACUGCAGAAGUAAAGACGCCGCUAAGAUGGUGUGGGCCUUCGGUACAUUAGGCGUCCAUCCCAGCCAGUGUCCCAACCUCUAUCCCUGUCUCACCGCAGUCUUACGUGAACGUCAGGGUGAAUUUCAACGCUUUCCUGAACACCUGCUGACAGGCUUGAUCGGUUUAGCUUUUGUGGGUCAGUUCCCGCAUGACUUGGUGAGCUUGGCGUUGAGCCCGGAGUUUAUUAGCAAGGCUUGCCGUUCACAAGAGCUGGAGUUGAAAAAAGACUUAUUCACUUUGGAUGGAUCUGUAGGCCUGGAGUUGCCCAACUGGACCGGUCCGAGACUGAGUCGCUCUAUGAUCACAGAAGUGACGAAAGAGUUGUGGGACUUCGCCCGGUCUGAUAUUUGCCAAAAGCCUGAAGUCGUCGAGGCCGAAGCCAUGCUACAGAAACUUCUGGGUGGAGAGAGGUUUGUGUGCAAACGCAUGAUCCUCCCGCACCUGCGCUCUGUUGACCUGGAGGUACAUUUGGAUCUCAACGAUCAACCUCUUCCUGUGUCUCCUGAACACCAGACUCUCGAGAAAGACACGUCGGCUCACAGCUGGGAGGGUAAACUCUCCGGAGUUCCUCUGACUGAUGAUCUGUUAGCUCAACUCACCAAUUUCAAAAACAUUCCAGUGCAUCCAUCUAACGCUCCGCUUCAGAGGUAUAAAGUUGAGCCGGUCCAUGUGAGAGAGAGCAUCUUCAAUGUAGGUGUAGACUUGACAGAUGACCUUGUGAUGGCAAUGACCAGGUCUGGGAUCAGCUCACCUCAGCGAGACGGAUCUAAAGCAUCUGUUGUGCGUCUCGCUGUUCAAGUGACAAACAGGAAUCAGUAUUGUUACAGGAGUCAUCGGUUGUUGGGUUUGCAUGCGCUGAAGCGGAGGCAGCUUGAGUUGGCCGGGUACAGAGUUGUGGAGAUUCCUCAUUGGGAAUGGUUUCCACUUCUGCGACGCUCACAUGCAGAGAAACUCGCGUACCUACACUGCAAGAUAUUCAGUGUCUCCCAGAAAUAAACAGGAUUUUUAUUCAGAGAUUUUGAACUUUCAAUCUACAACUCAUGUCUUUGCUUAAUGUACCAAACCACUGAAAUUUGUAUUAAAGUUAUGUAUCAUACUCAUAAUGUCAAUCAACUCUACAGUAUGCAUUAGUUCUUUUUUUGUAGUUUAAAUGUAAUUUUAGCUAUAAGUUAGUUUGUGUCAAACUCAAUAUCUUUAUCAUGAGGGUCAUUUAUGUAAUGAUAAUGAAUGACACAGUUAAACUCUCUUUUAUUGGCAUUUCUGAUUAUACAAUUAUUUAAGAAAUAUGUGAGUUUUUUAAAGAAGAACCGCAGUUACAGUUGUAUCCAAAUGAUUACACCUUUUAUAGUUUACACAUGACAUUCAUUUCCUAUAUUUAUCUAAGAAUAACGACGAUUAAAGCCAACACCCCUGACUUGAAUGAACCGAACCCAUCAGAAACGCUUAAUUCGGUUCCAAAAUUGUAAAUUGAAGAUCAUGUAAUCUUACUUAUUUGAGUCAGGUUCACAUAGUUCAGAUAAGUGCAUGUGCACGCUAAUAUUCAGGCCCUACAAGUCGAAUCAAAUCCGCUAAGGAAAAGAGAGCAAUGAUUGGUGCUCUUCUUCUUCUCUUUCUUCUUCUGGUAUAAAGGCAGUAAAGAUCCAGCGUAUUGGUGCAUUACCUUCUGCAAAACGGGUGAAGAAUUAAAAUCUCAAAUGUAUUAAAACUGUGGUACUACCGUUGCAAAUAACGAAACCUGAGGGAAAGAUUGGCAAGAAAUUCCUAAAUGAAUCAAUGCAUAUAGAAAGUAUAAAGUGUUCAAAUAUAUUCAUAUAGCCUAUUUUAAUACAAAUAAAGAAGUAAUACUAUAUUAUAAUAUUUGCAACAAUUUAUUUAAACAGCAAGCAAGGAAAAGGGUUAUUAAAAUAUAUUGUGCAAAAAUGUUCAACCUUCCUUAGUUGUUUUUAUUUUGUAUAAAAUGUAUUACAAUACAGUGCUGUGUAAAUGUCUUAAAGAGUUUAAAGCAGUGAUUAACAGAGUUUAAAAUUUCAGAGAACCAUCUACAAUUCAGAAUAAUUUGUCUGUAUGUUCACAGGUUAGUCUAAGUACAUAAAUCACUGUUUGCACAUUAGAUUUGAAGGCACAUUUGUGUGUUGAGGUGCUCACAUUGGGUAUUUAGCAAAUAUGAUUGUCUGCAGUACACUGUAGACUGGGACCACAUGUGACAAAGGGAAUAUUGACACAUUAUAACAAAAUGCCAAUAGUACCCCAGCAAAGCAUUAUUCUGUUGGAACAGAACAAAUUAUGAGAAGAUAUAGACUGUGUACAAGCUCUUCCUCGUACAAAAAGAAAUAUAGCUGAAAAGUUAAUAAAGUUGAAAAUCAAACCUCAAAUCAAACAACUGGAAAAAGAAGAAACGCCAUAAGAAAAUGAUACAGGACCUGUUGUUUCAACACUUUCCUUUUCUGGAGCGAGCAGCUAUAGCCUACAGUAAAAUAAUUGUAUUAAACUGAAGGAAAAGGAAAAAAUGUAAGGCUACAAAAAAUUAUAACUCUGCUUAAUUGUCAUCACAAAUCAUCUUAUUUCCUCAUCAGUCCUUCUCUACAACCAUCACUGGGAUAUACUACACACACAAGGCACAUCCCAUUUUUACCCUGCCAUUUUUUGAAACUGUAUAAAUUUGGAUUUGCAUCUUUUUGGCCGAUAUAAUCGUUCGAACUUGUUAUAGAUAUUAUCAAUUUAUUGGGGAAGGUUUCAAUUCAAACUUUAUUGACAUUAGUUUAAACAUUUACAGUAUCAAAUGGAUAUAAUCUAACACCCAUGACAACAGAUUAUAUUCAUUCAUUAUUGUGUUCUAUAAUUUAUUUAAUUGAUUUCUUUACAGUUUUAUUUAUAAUGUUCAUUAAAGUGAUGUAAUAUUGCAUCAUGACAGAGAAUCAGGGGUAAGAUCAUCACAUGACCUCUAGUUAAGCAACAAUUAAGGCUAAGCCAUAAAUUGCCAUAGUAACUGAGUUCAAACUAUUUUAAGUUUGCUUUAUGAAACCAAAUUGUUUGACAUUAAAUCUGAAUUGCCAAAAUAAGUCUGUCCUAUUUCAUAAUCUUGUUUUAUGGAACAGCCCUCUGAUGUAAGAUUGCAUCUUGUCUUUUACUGUAAGUGUGAGAUGUUGAUUUGUAAACAGUGACAAGUGUUUCACUGUAUUGAAUCAUCAUCAGUAGACGAGUCCGAGCAUUUGCUUUUCAUAUUUUGUCUCACCAAACCCAAACUGUCUCAUUGUGAUGUUUAACUAUGUUAAAAGUGUGUUCUAGAUUAAGCCCAAAAGUUAUUUUGUUUUCAUCUUUAGUCUGCAGACAGAUGUUGUCAUUUCUACAGAUGACCUACAAAACCAUCAUAGUUUUAUGUCUCUUAGUCUUGUUUUACCUUUUUUCAAAAUUAUUCUCAAAUCAAUAAAUACUUUUAAUUA